UGGUACGGGAUGAGAGGCUUGUUCCUGCCUCCUCAGCAGACAUCUGAGAGUCUACAGACAUUCAUCGGGUCUCCGGUGUGCAGGGCCCUGUCCUGAGACCCCACAGUGGGCCUGGUGGACGGCAGUGGUUUGGAGGACCUGGGCAGUGGGAACCCUCCCUGUUUUCAGUGUUGGCUCUCUUUAAGGCAACAGGAAAUUCAGCACUUGCCUGAGAAACCGAGGCAGCCUUGGAGCUGGCGAUGCCACCCCUAGCUCAGCCUGCAAGUACCCUGAACCUAAACCCAGCCAGGGGGCUGUGCAGGGGGAGUAGGGAGGGGUGUGGGAUGCACCUGCCAUCUGCAGGGUUGGGGUGUCAGCUGUUCCUCUGGGGCCCUUAAGUGGGGUAUUCUGGGACCUGGGCAAAGUGGCAGGAGGGGCUUGUGGACGUGGGGACUGGGAGUGCCGGGGUCAGCUUGGAGCACUGGCCACUGUGCACUUGGUGAGGUGUGGCCCAGUGCUGGGCAGCCCUUGGCAGCCACUCGGGCUGCAGACCCCUUGGUGCCACUGCUGAGUGCAGGGGGUGUGGCCACAUGGACUGGCUGGAACGGCCAGGGCCUUGCUCUAAGGACCCGUGGCCUCCUUUUCUUGGGCACGCCUGUUUUUGGCCGAGCCUGGGAGAGAAUCAGCAGAUUUCUGUCUCAGCUGGCCUAUAACCAAGGCCAGCCCCCAGGCUGUGGGCCCAUGACGAGGCCAGAGACAGGGCACGUUCUGCACCUGCUUCGGGAAACAUGCCCGGUGUGACGGCCCCUUGGGCUGCCAUGCCCUCCAGCAUCAGUUUUCCUGGUGGAAGGAUGCCUUGGAUGGGACCAGAAAGGGGCACUGUGUGUCUGGGAGCUGCCCACUGGCUGGGACUCCUGGGGGAGUGGGAGGGGCAGGGAGUUUCAGACUCACUGGGCGUGUACACCCUGCCUGGCCCAGGUCCUCUUCCAAGGCCUUCUGGUAGAGUUUCUCUGACUAACCUGCUGUCCCCAGGAAAGGCUGUCCCAAGCCAAGCCUGGAAGUCGCCAUUGGCCAUGGUAGCCAUUUUGAGGGGUUAAUGAUCUUCCCUCAGGAGGUGACACUGCCACCUGGGGCUGGGUGCAUUCUGCCUGGUGCCCUGCUGACCCCAACUGCCUUUCCCCUCUGGAAGGCAGUGAACAUCUGAGCUCGGGGACGAGCCCUGCUUGGGGUCAGACAGACCAGCAAAAUCUCUGCCCGCGACUCCUCACUGUCUGCCAUGGCUCAGGCAUCUGCCAGGCCACUGCCAGGAGCCACCGAGAGGCCCUUUCCUCCCUGCCAGGGGACCCCCAAAAUAACCUGUGGAUGCCAAGCAGCAGUCGGAGGCUGGACGGGGAGCCCUGUCCUGUGAGCUCGCUCAGUCUGCCCCAACCACCCCCUUGGGCCUACUGACAUAACUUACGAUCUGUUUGAGAAUCCAUCAGGGAUCCUUUUGAGUCCCUGACCUACAGUUCUAAAUUCAUCAUUUGAAAAAGCCUCCGGCCCUGGAUGCAUUUCCUGUUUUCCAGGAUUCCUCGCCUUCUGACUGCUCUCCCGGCAUCUCUAGCUCACGGAGUUCACAAACUUCAGUCCCCUACAGCUCCUUGCACUUUUGUUCUAUUUUUUUAAUGUUUUAUUUACUUAUUUAUGUAUUUAUUUUUAUGAAACAGGGUCUCACUCUGUCACCCGGGCUGAUGGUGCAGUCUUGGCUCACUGCAGCCUCCACCUGCCGGGUUCAGGCAAUUCUGCCUCACCUUCCCAAGAAGCUGGAAUUACAGGCAUGCGUCACCACGCCCAGCUAAUUUUGUAUUUCUAUUAGUAGAGACAGGGUUUCACCCUGUUGGCCAGGCUGGUCUUGAACUCCCUCAAACAAUCGCCUGUCUUGGCCUCCCAAAGUGCUGAGAUUACAGGUGUGUGCCAAUGUGCCCAGCCUUAUUUUUAUUUUUUUAAUUUUAAUUUUUUUUGAGACCGAGUUUUGCUCUUGUCACCCAGGCUGGAGUGCAGUGGCACGAUCUUGGCUCCACCUCCCAGGUUCAAACGAUUCUCCUGCCUUAGCCUCCCUAGUAGCUGGGAUUACAGGCGCCCGCCACAACACCCAGCUAAUUUUUGUAUUUUUAGGAGAGACAGCAUUUCACCACGUUGGCCAGGAUGGUCUCGAAUUCCUAACCCCAGGUGAUCGCCCACCUUGGCCUCCCAAAGUGCUGGGAUUACAGGCGUGAGCCACCACACCCGGCCUAUUUUUAUUUUUUAAUAUAGACACGAUCUCACUCUGUCAUCUGAGCUGGAGUGCAGUGGCCUGAUAAAGGCUCACUGCAGCCUCAGCCUCCUGUGCUCAAGUAAUCCUCCUACCUCAUCCUCCCAGGUAGCUGGGACUAUAGGCACAUGCCAUCAUGCCUGGCUAAUCUUUUGAUUUUUUGUAGAGAUGUGAUCUCACUGUGUUGCCCAGGCUGGUCUGAAACGCCUGGCCUCAAGAGAUCCUCCUAUCUUGGCCUCCCAAAGUGCUGGGAUUACAGGUGAGAGCUGCCCUGCCCAGCCUUUUUUGUUCUUUGUAAAGCUCUUCAGUUCCCGCUCCUUACCUGCUGGGCCCUGCUCUUUCUGCUUUGGAGCAGUUCCUCCUUCAGCAGGGAGCCAGUGUUCUGUGGGUUGGGGGGUCUCUGCCAGCAGCCGGUUUCAGCUGUGUCUUGCAGGUGGCCUUGGGAGGGACAGGUUGCAGCCCAGGCCCGCCCCCUCCUUCCUGGAGUGUCUCACAGACUCGGGACACUGGCCCUCCAGGCCCUGCUUCCUCCAAGGUUUCCAUCGCCUCUGAUUCUUGGUAAUCAGGAGUCGAUGGAUGCAACUCAUCUUGGUUUACACUGAGUGAGACAGGGCUGUGGGCACAGCCAAGUCUGCGGGACUCAGGUGUGAGCCUGGAUGGCCCUGGACAAGGAGGCCUGUCCUCUUGCUGGGAAAUUUCUGUUACGAUCAGGCCACUUCCCCCACUUCCAAACUGUGAGUCUGUUUGCUCUGGGCCUUUUAAGCCCAGCGUGAUCCCUGAGUCCCUGCGGUGCAUUUGCGCCAUUUCCACGCUUCCUGUUGAGCCCAAGCCCAGGCUUGGUGUGGGCAGCGCUGCACCACACUCUCCUGGUUGCCUCCUGAGCACCUCCACCCGCUUCCCCGCCAGGCGUGGCUGUGUUUUCACCCCCAGUGUCCAUCUGGCACCCUUCUCGAUUGCCAGGUAAUUACGGUCUGUGUGGGCAACACCUGAGGGACCCAACCAAACCAAGGUCCAGGACACACUUCCGGGCAGGGGUACCGCCUCUGGUUAGCUGCUGACUCCCCAGCCCAAAUCUUCCGCUGAUGACUUCUGGGGUCAGAGGCCACCUAAGGGUCUAGAAAACAGUCUCCUCCAGUUGGCCGAUUUAGACAAACACAGAGCCUGCCUGCCUACGUUGGGGUUAUGGCCCAAUAAACCCACAGCCAAGCUGAAAAUCCUCAGUGUGCGUUUUGCACUUCUGACACCACCAGGGCAUCGCUGGAUGCACAGAGGCAGGGCUGGACACAUUCUGGUGCUUGAGGGGUUCCAGGGACCAUGAGUUGUUUUUCUGGUGCCCCUCACCCUUCGCCCUGGAGGGUGGGGGAGGCCGGACAGCAGUGACCAAGCUGGAGCUGCAGGUUCUUCAUCCCUGUGGCCCAGCCCUAAAGCAGCCUUGGGGACUUAAAUUUCAUUUUGCCCAGCAGGUGCACCUGGGCCAGGAACACACCAGCACCUCCUUGUUCUUCAAAGGGAAGUGGAAUCCAAGCAGGGGCCCAGAUGCAGGCAGGCAUCUCCUGGAAACCCCAGGAUCCACCGCGGGGCCCCACUUCCAGGGUGGUUGCCUGGGGCGUCUGGUCACAGCCAGACCACAACUGAGCAGGAGCUUCCGGGCAUCUGUGUGCGGGAAGGGAGAGGUGCAUCUGCAGACACAGCAGGAGGUGAAGCUGCGCAUGACGGGCAUGGCGCUGCGGGUGGUGCGUACCGACGGCAUCCUGGCACUCUACAGCGGCCUGAGCGCCUCACUGUGCAGACAGAUGACCUACUCCCUGACUCGGUUCGCCAUCUACGAGACUGUGCGGGACCGCGUGGCCAAGGGCAGCCAGGGGCCUCUCCCCUUCCACCAGAAGGUGUUGCUGGGCUCCGUCAGCGGUUUAGCUGGAGGCUUUGUGGGGACGCCUGCGGACUUGGUCAAUGUCAGGAUGCAGAACGAUGUGAAGCUGCCCCAGGGUCAGCGGCGCAACUACGCCCACGCGCUGGAUGGCCUGUACCGCGUGGCUCGUGAAGAGGGUCUCAGGAGACUGUUCUCAGGUGCAACCAUGGCAUCCAGCCGAGGGGCCUUAGUCACUGUGGGCCAGCUGUCCUGCUACGACCAGGCCAAGCAGCUGGUCCUUAGCACCGGGUACCUCUCCGACAACAUCUUCGCUCACUUUGUUGCCAGCUUUAUUGCGGGUGGAUGUGCCACGUUCCUGUGUCAGCCCUUGGAUGUGCUGAAGACCCGCCUGAUGAACUCCAAGGGGGAGUAUCAGGGCGUUUUCCACUGCGCCGUGGAGACGGCGAAGCUCGGGCCUCUGGCCUUUUACAAGGGCCUCGUCCCAGCUGGCAUCCGCCUCAUCCCCCACACCGUGCUCACUUUUGUGUUUCUGGAACAGCUACGCAAAAACUUUGGCAUCAAAGUGCCAUCCUGACCGGCCGUGGGAAUGGCUGGGCUGCCAGGCCAGCCACGCUAGGUUCUUCCAAAGAGUCCCAAGCCCAGCAUCUGCUCCUGGGGCCACGACCUCCCCGGCCAUGGCCACCUGUCCUCCGCAGCAGGCCCCUGCUAUCCCCCCACCUGCUGGCUGAGCUCCUCCUGGCCUCGUCCCCUCUCAGCUGUAGCUGCACCACCCCCCUGCUCUGGCUCCCAGGCUCUCCCGGCUGGGCACUGCGUGGCCUUGCCUCUCUCCCGCUGGCAGCUCCUCAGGGGAACAGGGGCUACCAGAGGCUGAUUUCUCCCCUCUCCUGGGCCAGGGGAGAGGUAUUAUCCCUGCCUCCUGCCCCUGAGGCCCAAAGCAGCAUCUUCCAGCACUUUCCAUCGAGGACUCGGGUGGCAGUUUGGGUGCACCCUGGCUGUUGCUCACCCAAGUGCUAGCUGUGCACUUUGUGUCCGCUGAGAGCGACCAGACCUUCCAUGUCCUUGGGCAGCUGCAACUCCCCCCAAGACCCCGCGGCUGGGUGGGAUGAACAAACAAUGCAGACCAUGAGCGAGUGCCUGGGAGGGAGGGGUCCAGAGUGGUUCUGGAGCCAUUGUGGGUGAGGGUCGAGGGCCACCGAGGUCCCGCGCACCGCCAUCUGCCCUGCAGUGGCUUUAACAGUUAGUUUUGCCAAAGCCUCUCCACUCACCAGCAGGCGGUCUCUGUCUUCAGGGAUUGUGCCUGCGUCCCUCGGGCCCCUGGGCCCUCCUGCUUGGCUCCCUGGGGGAAUGGCCCAGGCGGGCUGCGGUUCCUCCUCAGGGCCUUCUCCCCGACAAAGAGUCCGACGGGGUGGAUGCUGCAUCCUCUGCCUCCCUGGUCGCUGGGCUUCACCCCACCUGGGAAGGGCAGUGUGCUCUGUGGGGGCUGCAAUCAAUAAAUGCCGGGAGCUGCCA